AGACACAAACGAGAAAUGGAGAUGAAGGGGAAGAGUAAAAUAAAAGCUCCAUUUUGGUUGAUUUGGGGUUUGUUGAUUUGGGUUGGGUUGAGUUGUGCGGCCAAGAUUGAUGUGGAAGAGGAGGUAAUGAAUGAAAACAGGACAGCGGUGAAUUUGAUACAUGUAGGGGCGGUUGUAGAUAAGCUGACUCCGUCCAUCGGUGGGGCUGCAGAAAAAUGCAUUCAAAUGGCACUCACGGAUUUCUAUGCAGCGCAUCCAUAUUAUCGCAACAGAUUGAUUAUGCAUAUCAGAGAUUCACAGGAUGUGGUCGCCGCAACGUCGGCUGUGGUGGAUUUAGUGAAGAACCAAAAAGUGCAUGCAAUAAUAGGGCCAGAAAGUUCGAGCGAGGCAACGUUUAUGAUAAAGCUAGGCGAACAGAUUCGCGUGCCAAUCAUUUCAUUUUCCGCCACCAGCCUCUCCAUUUCUCCCUCGCACAGCCCCUUCUUCGUCCGAACUGCCCAAAACGACUCGUCUCAGGUCAAAGCCAUCACCACCAUCGUCCAAGGGUUCGGUUGGCACGAGCUCGUCCUCAUCUACGAAGACACUGAAUAUGGCAAAGGCCUCAUCCCUUUCCUCACCGAUGAACUCCAACAAUCCAACAUUCGAGUCCCUUAUAAAUACGCUAUUGCUACCUCCAUGGAUGCGUACCAAAUUUCGGAACAGCUCAAUAAGAUGAAGAACCGGCAGACCAGGGUUUUCUUGGUGCACGUCACUUCUCCAUUUGGGUCCGUUCUGUUUCCGCUUGUGGACAAAGCGGGGAUGAUGAGUGAAGGCUAUGCCUGGAUUCUCACCAACUCUCUUUCCAAUUGUCUUGACGCCAUGGAUCCUUUGGUUAUCAAAUCAAUGGAGGGUGUUUUAGGUAUCCGCCCCUAUUUCCCUGCUUCAGAAGCGCUGGAGAGUUUCAAAAGGAGAUGGAAAUGGUCGAAGCCGGAGCUUAACAUCUAUGGCUUGUGGGCAUAUGACACCAUUUGGGCGUUGGCUACGGCGGCUGAGAGGAUAGGGGAAGGGAACAAUCUACGGUUUCUCAGGGGUCAGGGUAGUGAUGUCGAGGGGAAAACCGAUAUUGCGAAUUUGGGGGUUUCGGAAGUGGGUCCGAAGCUGUUGAAGGAGAUGUUGAAUAUCAAAUUUCAGGGUUUGAGUGGGAAUUUCCACUUGGUAAAUGGGCAUUUGCAGCCCUCGGCUUUUGAAAUUUUCAAUCUGAUUGGGAGAGGAGAGAGAUUGAUUGGUUGUUGGAGUCCUGAAAAAGGCAUUUGCCGAAACAUAUCUGAUACAAAACAUACUGAAAAAUAUUCCACUUCAGUCAGUAAGCUGAAGAAGAUAAUUUGGCCUGGAGACUCCAUUACUGCACCAAAAGGCUGGGCUGUGCCUGCAAAUGGAGAAAAAAUCAGAAUAGGAGUUCCCAAAAAACAGGGGUUUAAUGAGUUUUUGGAUGUGACUAGAAACCCUCAAACGGGGGAGCUUAAUUUUUCUGGGUUUUGCAUAGAUGUCUUCAGGGCUGUUGCAGAUGCCUUGCCAUUCCCUUUUCCUUAUGAAUUUGAACUCUCCAGGGAUGAAGCUGGGGACAGCUCUGUUAUUUAUGAUGACCUCCUCCACCAACUCAACGAGAGUGAGAAGAAAUUCGAUGUGGUCGUAGGAGAUAUUACGAUUGUGGCCAACCGAGCAAAUUAUGUAGAUUUCUCAUUGCCAUUUACCGACUCGGGCGUGACAAUGCUCGUUCCAGUCAAACGCAACUUGCAUCGUAGUAUGUGGGUUUUCUUGAAACCUCUGAGCUUGGGUCUAUGGCUUACGGCCAUAGCAGUUUCCAUAGCAACAGGAGCUGUUCUACUGAUCUUAGAGCACAAUGGAAGAAGUGAAUCGUUGCGUCCAUUGAAUCUACUCUGUUUAAUCCUCUGGUUUCCCGUCUCCUCCAUGGUUCUCCCUGAAAGACAAAUCGUGACUAAUACACGCUCUAGGUUUGUGCUUGUGGUUUGGUUGUUUCUGGCUUUUGUCCUAAUGCAGAGUUACACCGCAAGCUUGUCUUCAAUCUUAAUGUCGGAUCAGCUACAGCCCAAGUAUUUUAGCGUGAGUGAACUUAUAUCCAAGGGCUACUACGUUGGAUAUCAAAAGGGUUCCUUUUUAAAAUCUAUGUUGAUAGAGCAGCUGAAAUUUAAUGAAUCCAAGCUGAAAUCUUAUGCAAACGUUGAGGAGUAUCGUAAGGCAUUGUCCAAAGGAAGUCAAAAUGGGGGUGUUGCUGCAAUCUUUGAUGAAAUUCCUUACCUGCAGGUUUUCCUUACAAAAUAUGGCUCCGAUUUCACUAUGGCUGGACCUAAAUAUCGAACAGACGGAUUUGGCUUUGCAUUUCCACUAAAUUCCCGGUUAGUACCUUAUGUAUCAAGAGCAAUAUUGAACGUGACAGAGAGCGAGAAAAUGGUGGCAAUUCAAACAAAAUACUUUGGAGUUGGAAAUCAAAAUCAAGACAGCUCAAUCUCCUCACCGAACAGUCCAUGUCUAGAGGCGUCGAGCUUCGGGGGCCUCUUUAUAAUCACCGGGAUAUCGCUGCUGCUGGCUUUAAUCGGCUCAAAAACCUUCGUCUGGCAAAAACCUGCCUCAGUGGCAAAGACCUACUACAGAAAAUAUGUGUCGUUUCAGCAGCAUUUGCAUUCUGAUGUGAAGGAUAAGGUAAUGGACGACAGGUUGAAAUUGCCAAAUACUAACACAUUGGAGACUGUUUCAGCUGGCGCGGAUCAUGGCUGCCACGAUGGAAGUGCGAGUCCCGCAAAGCAUGUCACAGAGAGCACUAGCUAGCUUUAAUCUUCGAUCAGCACAACUUUUCUACACUUAAAAUAGCAUUCAAAGCAACCAUUUUCAUAUGGAAAUCGCGCCAGAUGAUCAUAGAUUUUUAACUGGGUCAGUUCUAAUGC